CAGUAAAAAAUAAAUAUAGCACAACUGUAUGUUAUGAUAGUGAAGAUUUAUAUCAGUAUUGAGAACUGUUGCUGAAACCUGUUCAUUCAGUGCAGACUUAAACAUUUUUUAAAGGUGCUAUGUCAAAUACAAUACAUUGGUAUUUUGAUAAGUUAUAUGUUUAUUUGAGAUUUUUGACAUCUAGAAAUAAAUAGAUUCAAGAAUAAAUACAUACAUUUAAAUAAAUACAUGAAUUUAUUGCUUUGCAUGUAUAGAACAAAUUAUAAAUCCAUAAACCCAUUGUUUCCCACAGAACUACUGUGAAACUGAAUUUGAAAUAUUGCACAUAAAUAAUUGGUGUCUCAAAUGUGUUUUAUUUUCUCUCUCUCUCUUUUUUUAAAAUGGGGAAAUAAUGGGUAUACAAAGCAUGUCAAACAAUAAUAGCAGAAAAUGAUUUUGUUCAUUUAUUUGUCUGAGGGGGCCCCAAUCUUGCAUUCACUCAGCAACUAGGUAGCAUAGCAUUAGUAUCGAGGAUUGUUAGUUAACCCUGUUGAUAAAUGCACAUAAAAGUACACUUGUUUUACAGUUAUUGGAAUGUCGAUGACAUUAACUCGGAUUUUUGAAGACAGUCUUUCUGAUUCUACUGACAAGAAUUACCUGGAUUUAUCUGGACAAAUCACGGCAGCAAUUGAAGAAAGUUAUUCUAGUAAGCUAAAUGGCUACAUUUCUCGUUCUGCAAAAGUUACUGGCUUCAGGGCUGGUAGUGUUUUAGCAGACUACACAAUAAGUGCAACAUCCAACAACCUUGAUUUUACCUCAGCAAACACAGCACUCUCUGAGUCUCUAAAGAACAAACAAAUAUAUUUAGCUGCAGAUGCUUUUGCUCAAAGUGAAGAAAAAGUUAAAAAAGAAUUAUAUCCUCUGCAAAAGCUGGAGUUGAACUGCAUACAGCCAGACUUUGCAAAGGGACCAAUAAAAUGGAUGGUGAUUAACAAAGAUCCUGCACCAGAAAAUGCAAGAUACACCCUCUCAAACAACAAUAGCACUCUCACUGUGGAAAACACUCGUGAAAGUGACACUGGUCGAUACUCAUGCCUCAUCCAAAGCAGUACAGUACCGUACAUUCAGUGGCAAAAUAUUAUUAUUAAACAACGCCCAACUAUCAUUGUGGGUGAUGAAAACCGUGUUUUCCCAUGUGAUGGCAGCACUGUCCAACUAAGAUGUUCUGUUGAGAUUGGCUACAAUCUUGAGUGGGUCCUGAAUGGUGCAGUACAAACUUCAGGAUCUGACAAUAUCACAUUAGAUCAUAAAACUCAAAAAGAAAAUUGUAAGGAGGAAACCUUUACUUGCCGUCUCAAGGGUCUGCCACAACUACAGGAUUACGAUUAUAGCAGGAGAAGUGUAACAGUUAGGAUAAAGGAAAAAUUUAACAACUGUCAAAAUAAAGAACUUGGACUUGGAGAAGCAAAUGAAGAGAAGAACGGAAUCUGUCAAAGUGGCUUUAAAGGCACCAUAACUUACAGAUGUGACAGUAAAUCACUUGAUUGGACACCAGUACAGAGGAACUGUGUACUUGAUUUGAUCGACGACAUUAAAAGCAAAGCUAAGACCUUGGUUAAGGAAAACAUAACAGACUUUAUGGAUAACCUCAGCAGUGUCACAGCACAGAAUAAUGUUACUAUAACAGAGUCUGCUGCUACUGUCCAAGCCAUUGUGGAUAUACUCGUUAUAGUUGCUGAUUUGUCACAAUCAAUUGCCAUCAGUGAGCCAGUGAUGACGGAUUUCCUACAUACAGUGGACAUUAUUGUAUCAGGUAAUGUCAGUUCUCAAUGGACCAUAUUGAACAAUGACAACAACACCAGCGUUAAACUUCUGGAAGCUAUUGAGAAUAUAAGUGACCGUCUCACGGAUGAUUUUACGAUUAGUGGAAAAUCCAUUCAGCUGAACAGAACUACAACUAAUAACUCAUUCAGUAUAACAUCAACACUGUUUAACUCAACUACAGAGAUUGUAAUACCACAGGUUCCUAAUGAGACUAACAUAACCAUCAUAAUCUUCACAACACUCGACAAUGUCCUACCUACUCGUAAUACUAGUAGUAAAAAUGACACUAAUAAGUCAAAUGUGCGCAUCAAUGGAGAUGUGGUUGUCGUUAAGGUUAAACCAACAGUUAACAGCAUUUCUUUUGCGUUUGACAAAACUGAUCAGUCUUUGGGAAAUCCUCAGUGUGUCUUUUGGAACUUCAGUCUUGACGCAUGGGAUUCCACUGGAUGUAAAGUAAAGCCCUCAGUGAAUGAAAAGGACAAGAUUACAUGUGAAUGCGACCACACAACUUCUUUUUCAAUCCUAAUGUCACCAUAUGACAAUAAAAACAAAGCCUUGGCCUAUAUAACUUACAUUGGUGCAGCUAUUUCAAUGGCCAGCUUGAUUUUGUGCCUCGUUAUUGAGACUAUUGUAUGGAAGUCGGUAAUAAGAAAUGACACAUCCUAUAUGCGACAUGUUUCCAUAGUCAACAUUGCCGUGUCCCUGCUGAUCGCAAACAUCUGUUUUUUCAUUGGAGCCGCAAUCACAGAUCAAGAGCAGCCACCCUCAGUGGGUCGCUGCAGUCCAGCGGUUUUCUUCAUGCACUUUUUUUACCUGGCUCUUUUCUUCUGGAUGUUGAUUUCAGCGCUGUUGCUCUUUUACCGUACAGUCAUGGUCUUGUCCCAAAUGUCAAGGUUCAGAAUGAUGGCCAUAGCCUUCAUAGUCGGUUAUGGUUCACCUUUUCUCAUAGCGGUCAUUACUGUUGCGUCGACAGCUGGAUCUCAAAAAUAUAUUUCCCAAAGAGCGUGCUGGCUGAACUGGGAUGAAUCUAAGGCCCUGCUGGCAUUUGUGAUUCCAGCUCUCACUAUUGUAGCCAUAAACCUUGUGGUUUUGAUUGUGGUUCUGUGUAAGAUGUUGAGGAGAGGAGUUGGUGCUGCAACUCAACCAGAAGAUAAACAUGCCCUGGUGGUCAUUGGCCGAUGUGUGGCCAUAUUGACUCCUAUCUUUGGUCUAACAUGGGGAUUUGGAAUUGGAACCAUGGUGUCACGUGACUUGGGUGUUCAUGUGGUGUUUGCACUCCUCAAUUCACUGCAGGGAUUCUUUAUUUUGGUGUUUGGAACGCUUCUAGACAGCAAGGUUCGUGAGUCACUACGAGGAAAGCUGUCACUACAGAAUCUCAGUUCAGGCCGUACCAAUAACACCAGUGCAGGACCAUCAUCCAUACCUGGACUCAAUUUCCUGCCAUGGAUCCGGCGAAGGAAUGUGUACAACGUGUCUGAAGCCAACCUUUCCCCGGCAGUUACAACUUCAGACAGCUCCAACGGCUCAUAUGCCAUUAUAAGCAAUUAAAAGACACUCUAAAAGUGUUUCUUUCACUGCAAUGUCUGAUAGUGUUUGGUAGAAGAAAUGUUUCUAUGUUCUGAUAUGAUAAAAAUUUACAAGAUGCCUUCAUACUGUAUUGUAUAUUGUACAGUGGUUAAGGGUACUUUUAUCUCUACUUGAAAAAUGGGGUCUCUAGAGUUUCCUUUGUUUUGAGAUAACUUUUUUUUUACAUCAAAAAUUUUAAAUUAAAACAUUGUUCAGAUUUUAAUAAAUUCCAAAUGUUCCCAAGAUGUCUAAAUGUUACUGCAUCACCAAUAAAAAUGCAUCUUCAUGCAGAAUUGCUUGAAGAUUACUUGAGAAAAAAGGCUGUUGUCUUCCCCUUUGCCAAAUAGGAAAACUUCAACACCCAUAAUGCACUGGGCAUGCUGCUGUACAAGGCCACUCCCAGUCUGCCAUACGCUUGACUGCCUUGGCUUGCUUUAGUAGGAAAUACUUCUCGGCAAACUUUUAGUCAUAAUUGUGUCGACUUGUACUGUUCCCGGGUCCUAGAACUCAAAGAAUAACGUUCAGCGGGAGUGAGUUACUUUUGGUUCUAGAGAAGGAUCCAGCUCGUUAUAGGCAGUGGCUAAAGACUGUAAAGAAUUGUAAAUACGGAGAGAACGGCGAUUAAAAAAAUCUGAAAAACCUCCAUGUUUGUAGACAUUUCAAACUGGAUGAACACAGGCCAAACAAAGGGGAAAAAAACUUAAAGAAACGGCUGCUCUGUCAGUUCCACCCAACU